AUGGCUAGACCAGAGAAUCAGCCAGUUGGAGACUCAAUUGACAUCGAGAGAAGAUCAACCUUUGGAUCUACUAAUACUGUCACACCAAAUCAAGAUGGAGCUGCAGUCGAUCCUUCGAAUCCACUCAACCAAACAAGUCGAUCAUCCAAGUACUUCGGCAAGGAGGGUAAACUCCGUCCCUUUCGACUGAUGAAGGAGGACAUCAUCAACAUCAAGGGUCGAUAUCUAUCAGAUUGGCAAAUCUUCAACCAGCAAGUUGUGGCAAGUGCAGUCUACAUCUUCUUCACCAAUCUCCUGCCUGGCAUCACAUUUGCCAGUGACUUGUAUACCUUGACUGGAAAGUCGUGGGGCACAAUUGAGGUUGUGUUCAGCACUGGCCUCUGCGGUCUCAUCUUUUCUCUGUUCUCAGGCCAACCCCUCACAAUCCUUGGUGUGACAGGUCCUUUCUCAGUGUUGGCCGAGAAUGUUUACGAAUUAUGUGAUCAGCACUUCCAUGUCGAGUUUCUACCAGUCAUGGCAUGGACCCUUAUCCAUGCCGGAUGGAUGCACUAUCUCCUUGCCGUCUUCAACGCUCAUGACUGGACGAUGCAAUAUGUCACCCAUUUCAGCGCCGACAUAUUCUCCCUCUUGAACAGUGUCAUUUACUUUCACAAGGCAGCCAUGGAGCUGAAGCGUACUCAUGCUCGAGUUUCGCUCGCUGCUUUCCUUUACGCUAUCUUGGGCGCAGUCGGAACUUGUCUCCUCGCUAUCUUGUUGUCCACUGCAAACUCAUGGAAACCCAUGUUUCAUCGCUACGUUCGUCUUGGACUUACAGAGUACGCCGCAGCUAUUUCUAUCAUCUUUUGGAUCGGAAUUCCCUAUAUCGGCGAGCUAGCCUCACUGGAUCAUAUUCGCCUCGAGGUACAGACCAGUUUCCGGCCGACGAAUCCCGAAAGAGGGACCUUCUUUGUGCGUUUCUGGGAGGCGCCUAUUGAAUGGGUAUUCUUAUCCAUGAUUCCUGGUGCUAUUGUUACUGUCUUGUUCUACUUCGACCAUGAAAUCAGUAGCAUAAUCUGCACUGUAGAGCGAUACGGGACCAAGAAACCUGGCGGUUACGCUUGGGAUAUAGCCUUGCUGGGAACAACUACCAUAAUCUGUGGUAUCCUCGGUAUCCCUCCGGCCAACGGUCUUCUACCUCAAGCGCCGCUCCACUCCGAAUCCUUGAUACACUAUAUUCUUGAGAGCCCUCCUACUGAAGAGGGGGAACAACCAGAGUCGCCUCGUUAUGUUGCAAGGACAUAUGAGCAGCGAUACUCACAUUUCAUCCAAGCUGCUCUGAUUCUCAUCUUCGUAUCUCCUCCUCUACAGAAGCUCUUGGGUCUCACUCAGACUUCAGUACUUGCCGGUCUCUUCCUUUUUAUGGGUUAUCAAUCCUUGACCGUCAAUCCUAUCCUUGACCGGGUCGUCAACCUUCUCACGCCGUCGUCUGAACUUCCCGAGCUACCUGCUGGUGUGACCUGGUUCGGGAUUCACAUGUACACAGUCACUCAAAUUAUCAUGACUGGUAUCGUGUUCGGAGUGACGCUGACGGUGGCUGCUCCCGCAUUUCCAUUGAUCAUUAUUGCUUUAGUACCCAUCCGAUUGUCUCUCAUGAACCGGAUUUGGAGUCUGACGUCGAUAUUCUGGCUGCUGAAGAUGGCAGCGCUGGAGCAUGGCAAAUAUGCCUUUGUUACAGGUGGAGGCUCUGGUAUUGACCUGUGCUUUGUUCGGUUACUUAUCGAACACGGAUGUUCAGUUGUCAUAGCAGACCUUCAACUGCGACCAGAAGCUCGACAACUUGUGGAACAACAUCCAUUCACAGCCACCGACGACAAGCCUGGUUUGUUGUUUCAGAAAACUGACGUUGCAUCCUGGCCUCAGCUUAUAGCUGCAUGGAGAACAGCUUUGGAGAAGUUUCCAAGUGUUGACAUUGUCGUCGCUGGAGCAGGAAUAUUCGAGCCUCGAUGGUCUUCGUUCUGGGAAGCUCCUAGGACAGAGAGUAAUCAAGACAGUGUUUCUCGGGAUGAUGCUGAUGCUGAUCCCGGACACUAUGCUGUUCUGGAUGUGAACCUGGUGUCUCCCAUCCGGCUCAGCCAGCUCGCCAUUGGAUAUUGGACAAAAACGAAGCAUAAGGGCUGUCUCGUACAUGUAGGCAGCAUGGCAGGGUACGGAGCGGCCAUUACAACGCCUUUGUACAUUGCCAGCAAACACGGUCUUCACGGCUUUGUGAGGUCGUUAGGGGGACUGCGCGAUGAACUUGGUAUUCGCGUUGGGUGCGUAGCUCCCGGUGCAGUAUCGACUCCUCUAUGGAGCGAAGACCCAACCAAGGCCAUCAUGCUGGGAGAAGAUACGGUUCUCAUUAGUCCCGAUGAAGUAGCACAAGGCAUGUGGCAGCUUAUCAUCAACCCGGAAUUGGGCAAUGGUACCAUUCUCGAGGUGACCAAGGGUGCAACAAGAGUUGUGCCUCUCUAUAACGCACCGGUUCCUACUGGUGAAGGCAUCAUGGUACCUGGCUACGCAGCUUCCAUUGCCGAGACGUAUGAGAGAUUGAGAAACGGCGGACUGGAUGUAUAA